AAGAUUCAAUUUAUUUCUCCUUCAUUUUGGUUUCUAGUUCCGAUCACAGCCGGCGAUGGAAGCAGCCUCGAAUCUCAGUUCCUCACUUCCCCUUUCGCCGUCGCACCACAGGACCACCGCCGUCUUAACUCGUCUUCAGCGGAUCGCUUCUUUAUCCACAGCCGCCGCCGGAGCCCUCCCGUCGUGUCGUACACAUUUGACUCGCCUUCAUCAGCGUCGAUCCGCGAUUUUGCCUCUACGUUGCAAUGUGAGGGAGACGGUGGCAGAUCAAGAAAUGGCGUCUAUUGAUGUAGAAGACCCACGCAUAGCCAAAAUCGCCAAGGCCAUUCGAGUUAUCCCUGAUUUUCCCAAACCAGGGAUUUUGUUUCAGGACAUUACGACGUUGCUUCUUGAUACCAAGGCCUUCAGGGACACUAUUGAUUUGUUCGUGGAGAGGUACAGAGGGAAAGAUAUCACUGUGGUUGCUGGGAUUGAGGCGAGGGGUUUCAUUUUUGGACCUCCCAUAGCUCUGGCUAUUGGUGCAAAAUUUGUUCCCAUGAGAAAACCCAAGAAGUUGCCUGGUGAAGUCAUUUCAGAAGAGUACUCUUUAGAGUAUGGAACAGAUAAAAUUGAGAUGCAUGUAGGAGCUGUUGAAGCUGGAGAACGCGCUCUUGUGAUAGAUGAUCUCAUUGCAACUGGGGGAACCUUGUGUGCAGCAAUAAGACUACUUGAGCGAGUUGGCGUGGAUGUGGUCGAGUGUGCUUGUGUGAUUGAGCUGCACGGACUAAAGGGUCGUGAAAGAUUGGGAGACAAACCUCUGUUUGUUCUAGUUAACGCAGCAGCAUGAUCGCAGAGCCUUCUUCUGUAACACGACGUGUUCGGUAAUGACAAUAUUAUCACGCACCGCUGCUAGAAGUUGAAGUUUUAAAGUAAUGCAUAAUUUUGAAGCCGAGAGUGUUGCUAGAAAUAAAAGGGAUGGUAUUAAUUUUGAGUAUCUGCAGAAACUUCUUUAUUUUGAAGUUAAGUAGUUUAUAUGUCUCUCUUUCUCUGAAUAUACCUUAUUUGAAUGAGUUUAUAAUGAUUACUCUUUUCCUAAGCCAAUGUGGAACCGUGUAUGUA